ACCUUUCUGCCAGCUUACAAAAAGAGGAUUAAAAAGAAGGGAAGCCUAAAGCUUUCUUGUCUUUCUUCACUUUUGCGCCACUUUUGUUUUCGUAUACCGACCACUUCAAACUUGUUACGUCUCUUGGCUGAUACGAAAUUCCUCUUUCAGAAACCCACCGACGAUCCUCUCAAUAUGGCAACGACUGGCCCCAACAAUCUCAAUGCAAAAUUGGUUUUGCUAGGAGACAUGGGAGCUGGUAAAUCCAGUCUCGUUUUACGGUUUGUCAAAGGCCAAUUUCUGGAAUUCCAGGAAUCGACCAUCGGUGCAGCGUUCUUUUCGCAAACUUUAGCUGUAAACGACGCGACAGUGAAAUUUGAGAUUUGGGAUACGGCGGGUCAAGAAAGGUAUCAUAGUUUGGCUCCUAUGUACUACAGAGGCGCUGCUGCGGCCAUUAUUGUCUACGAUAUCACCAGCAUGGAAUCAUUUACACGAGCCAAAAAGUGGGUGCAAGAACUUCAGAAACAAGGUAAUCCUAACAUGGUUAUGGCACUUGCUGGAAAUAAAGCUGAUCUGGAAGAAAAGAGGAACGUGACAGCUGAAGAGGCACGUGUGUAUGCUGAAGAGAAUGGUCUUUUCUUCAUGGAGACAUCUGCCAAAACUGCCACCAAUGUUAACGAUAUAUUUCAUGAAAUAGCUAAGAGACUGCCUAGGGCUCAGUCCACCCAGAAUCCAGCUGGGAUGGUUCUUGUUGACAGACCAACUCAAGGUGCCCGCGUUGGUGGGGCCACUGCCACAUGCUGUUCAUAAAUAUUGGCCAAUCGGAGGCAUUGAAGAACAUCAAUUGUUGCAUUGGAUAUGUGAUGUGUUAAGAUUUUUAUCAAGGGAGUCAUGUAUACUUUGUAGCUGUAAUUAAGACACUCGACAAUAAUUCGAUGUAGUUGAAUCAUGUGUGUGUAAAUGUGGUGGCUUUUCUUUUGCGUGUUUGAAACUUUUAAAUGCUAAGCUGAUCAUGCAAAGUCAUUUGUCUA